AUGGGGGAGGGAAACAGAGUGAGAGGAGUCAUGGUUGAAAUAAAGACAAUUAAAUACCUAAAGCAGGAGCUAUGUAUGCAAGCAAAUCAAAGAACCAAUUGGCUUGAACAAAUGGUGAAGGAGUUGGCAGGUGCCAAAUAUACAGAAGAGGAAAUGAAAGAGAGAAUAAAUGCUGAAAAGAAACUAGAGACAUUUCAGCGUCUAGAAUUUGGGGAUCCUGGGAUAUAUGAGAGGAUGAAGCAGCUUCCUUCCAGAAGAAUUAUAGUAACCCAUCUGAGACCUGAUCUCCUGCCUCCAUCCAUUUUCCAAAGCAAAGCUAAGAUCCUUGUGCUAGUUCGGAACCCCAAGGACACGGCUGUCUCCUAUUACCACUUCUGCAACAACCUACCAGUGAUGCCAUCCUUCGCCUCCUGGGAUGAGUACUUUGCAGACUUCAUGAAUGGAAAAUUGGCCUGGGGAUCCUACUUUGACCACCUAGUGGAAUGGAACAAAUACAUUGACAACGAGAGGAUCAUGACAAUAAGCUAUGAGGAACUCAAAGAGGAACCGAUACUGGGGAUGAAAAAGAUUGCUUCCUUCUUUGGAUUUUCCCUGUGUGAGGAAGAUUUUUCCAGAAUUGCCAAGAAGACCAGUUUCAAAGCUAUGAAAGAGAAAUCCAGCGAAACCCAUGGAAAGUUUGGGGACAUCCUCUUCCGGAAAGGGCUUGUUGGAAACUGGAGAGAUGUCUUCUCUAAGGCUCAGAAUGAAGAAAUGGACCGGAAAUUUCAAGAUUCCCUAGGAGGAACAAAGAUGGCAGCAAAGAUAAAAUAUGAUGUGUACUGCAAGGCCUGA